CGCGCCGAGGGUUAAUUAUGAGCGGGCUGGGCGCUUAUCAUCCUCGUCCAUGCAUGCACAAGAUGUUUCUACUAGCCAGUGUCAUCCUCUGCGUGUGUGUCCUGGUGGUGCCUGGGACCAGCGUCAGCUGUAAGAUAGACUCCAGCAACCCCUGCAAGUGCUCCUUCACGGACGGCGAAGGAGCAACCUGGAACAUCGACAUCAGCAGCUACUUCCAGUACCCCACUUCCCCCAAGUCAGAUGAUGCAGCAAAGUACACAUACACCUACACCUGCUAUAACGCCCCGUGUCCCAGAACCCCUAUUUCAUCUGCAGUCGCCUGCCAGUAUAUUAAAAGUCAGGCCACAGACUAUCCACUUGGUAAGGUAGAUCAGGAUACUACGUGGGAGGUGACUGAUCCAUCUGAUAGUUCAUUAACUUUCGUCAUCACUUACAAGAACGGACAGAAGUCAGGACAGAGGAAUAGAGAGACUAAGGUGACGUUCAAGUAUGGAACAGGAAAUAUGGAGAUGAAAGUAACAAAAGAAGAUGCUACUGACACGGAUGUUAUUUACGAGAUGGAAGCCUCUGGAAAUCAGGUAAAGAAGUUCGGUCCGAGUGGAAGGAAAGGGAGGAGUGGAGGAAAGAAAGACAUUUCUUGACCAUUGUCCUCGUCUUACUGUGAGUGACUCCACUCUGACGUUAUAUCCCAGACCCUCUUUCGUGCGGGAGCACAUGAAGAGCCAUUAAUUGGUCUCCUGGUGUACUUCACAGUUGUUUAAAGACCAAGACACUAUUAUAUAUACGCAUGCGUACUCUAUAACGUAUCCUAUAAAUAGAAUUUUAUAAGUAGCAUAGAGAGCCCACGUGGGGCCAGUCUAGCACUAGCCAAGUCUAAUGGCAGCUGAAUCGUAUCUAUUGAAUGUGCUGAGACUCGUA